CAAGACAACCACCUUCUAAACAAUCUUCCUCCGCCCCUCCCCAGACUUCUAGCCUGUUGCCGACGACGUCUUUGUUGUUGACGGACCUCCCCGUAGAUUCGCCGCCUGCCCCCAAUCCCUCAAUUGCGCCAUUCUCAUCGCCGCUCCUGACCUAGUCGUUGUUGUCGCCCCGACUCCACCCAUGAAACAGGACGAUGAGGAGCUCGUCCAGUCCCAAUCACUCGAUUGCCACCAUUCCCAAGCUCGUCCAGUCCCAAUCCCUAGAUCGUCCUGAUCUAGCCGGCAAAGAAACCCCUUGUUGGUCCCGAUUAAGAACCCUAAUUCCUAGAAUUGAGCAGCGAAGCAAGCAAAAAAGUACCAAUGAACAGGGGAAGCAGGUAGCAUGUUAACGGAAGGGAUCAAAACUUCGAUCGAUUGGAAGAAAGAGGUUGAGAUGGGUCAAUUGUGGUGGCGGCGGGUUCUUCCAUUGGAAAAGCGCAUCCGUCGUUCUUCUUCAAUCGCACAGAAAAUGGGCGCAAAGGUGAAGAAAGCUCUGAAAACUAAACUGAAGAAGGUAGCGGCUGCAUCCCAUGCCGCUGAGAAGAAAGAAGCAGCAGCUGCUGAUUACUUGGUAGGGUUCUUGUCUUGAGAUUUGCAUGGGUCGGCGACGAGACAGAGGAGGUGGGAAGAAAGUCGGGAAGGUGAG